AUGCUGUGCGGCCUCAACCUCAAGUACCGCCACACCAUCCUGGCGAUCACCACCAAGCAGCCGCCACACACCUUCCUCUCCGUGCGGUCAUAUCUUCUCCUAGAGGAACACUAUGACAAGGAGCACGCCAAGACCAUCGCGCAACAUGCACUAGUCACCACUGGCGGCUCUUGGCCCUCCUCCUCGCCGGCCCCUAAUGGUAGCUUCGAUGGCAGCUCCAGUGGCCAACCCACCACUCCACGACCUGCAGCAGUUUCCACGAGCGCAUCGCCGCACCGCAACGACAACCGUGGCCAUGGUCAUGGCCGCGGUGGCUACAACCACUCUGGCGGUUAUCCUCAGUCUCUAGCUCCUUGUGCUCUCUCCGGCUGGACUCUAGGAUUCAACCCCUGGACAGGCAUGGUCCAAGCCUGGCUGAUGUCGUUCCAUGCUCCCUGCGUGGGCGUCCUUAGUCCUCAUCCCGGUGCCUCACCCAACCAGGCAUACUUCACCGGCUCGGCUCCACUGCCUCUAGAUCUGCACAACUAUGCCCCAACCCCAACUACUGCAACGCCGGACGUCUGGAACAACUAG